AUUCUGGAUUAUUUCUGGUACGAGUUACCAGUUACCACAAGUUACUGUUACUACAUAUAUUUUUAUUACUUACAAAAUCACAAAAAUGUCUUAGAUAAAACGAUUGUCUUGAUGUGUUUCACCAAUAUAUUUAGGACGAAAAAAACAGUUUAAACAGGGUAUUUCUUAAGGUUAUAAUAUAGUUGGAAUAAUUUUUAGUUUUCAAAUUCAUAUACUGUUAUUUUACUAAAAAUGUUUUGUUGGGGGAACGCAACACAUCACGAAUUAUGUAUUGAUGGGUCUGAAAAUCUUGAUUUGAUCAUAAAGCCAACAAUUUCGAAAUGGAAGGAGAGUGGUCAUGUACAAUCAGUAGCAGCUGGAGAGUUCCAUUCAUUAUACUUGACCAACAUUGGCCAUCUGUAUUCAUGUGGCAACAAUGAUGUUGGCCAGUUGGGGCGGCAUACAAAGGAUGAUGAUGGAAAAUAUCCAGGUUCUCUUGUAGAAACAUUUAAAGGUUGCAAUUUAUCAGCAAUAGCAUGUGGACUGCAGCAUUCAAUGGCAAUUGAUGAAUGGGGUCAACCUUUUAGUUGGGGUUCUGACAGUAUGGGCCAAUUAGGUAGUAAUCUAGGGGCACAUGCUCAAGAUAAACCUAAAAUUAUUAAAUUACUAGCUACAAAAAAUUUAAUACAGAUAGCUUGUGGUUCUUACCAUUCUAUAGCAUUGACAAAUAAUGGUGAAUUAUAUACCUGGGGUGCAAAUAGUUUUGGUCAGUGUGGUUUAGGCAUGAUGUCAAAUAAGGAAACAACACCACAACAGAUAACAUCAUUAGUUGGUGUGCCCAUUGCAUUGGUCACUUGUGGGAGUAACCAUACAUUCGUCUUAUCUAAAUCUGGAGCUGUUUAUGGGUUCGGUAAAAAUGGUCACGGUCAAUUAGGACUACAAGAUAAGGAUAACAGAUGUUAUCCUACUCAUUUGAAAUCACUACGUAAUGUUAAGGUUUGUUACAUUUCAUGUGGGGAAGACUUCACAGCGUUUUUAACGUUAGAUGGUGGAGUGUUUACAUGUGGUUCAGGGGAAUAUGGACAGACGGGGCAUGGGUCGGUCAAAGAUGAAUUGGUUCCUAGAAAAAUAAUGGAAUUAAUGGGCAGUACAGUGACGCAAAUAGCGUGCGGACGUAGGCACGUACUAUGUCGCGUGGGCGAUCGCGUACUCGCGUGCGGUUACGGCGCGCGUGGACAACUCGGCUGUCCGCAUAUGGCCUUCGCACUUGUACCCACGCCCGUGCCAUUUACUCCUAAUGAUGAAUCACCGACAGAGCCGGCUGACUCUAAUAAGUUUUCGACGCUCUUCAACGGCCCUAUACGCGUAUUUGCGGGCGGUGACCACAGUUUCCUCGUAGUCCAUAGUGAUAAAUCGAUACAGGCUGACGCACGGAUACCAGAUGCUAAGAAACAAAUACUCACACUAAAUAUACCUAAACUGGCGGCUUGCGAGGUCUUCAAGGACGACGAUGUAGUGAAUCAGGAUCUAAUGGCAUACUUAGAGACAGUUUUCGGAUCUCUAUCAUGUUUGAAUGCGUCAUUCCUGUUACAAAAUAGCGCGCAUUAUGGAUGUAAUACAAAAGUACCUGGAGUGGACAUUAAAAAGGCUGAAGAGGCUUUUAGUAUCAUCAGUCGAUUUGAAAAUACAUCUAUUAAAGAAUUGAUAUUCAGUCAUCUAACAGAGAACGUAAUAAAGGGAGUAAAGAGUUCGCCACCUGAUGCUGAAGCUUUAAGAGUUUUUCUACUCUUGCCUUUGUACCAUGAGAUGAGGAAUCCGAGGCGACAUCCGGAGUUACAAGGUCCAUUCGCCGAAGCAUUCAACAGGUUAUUAGUUCACCCUCAAAAGAUCGUUCACUUGUGGUGGGAAGCGCAAACGGCGGAGUACUUUGAGAUGCUCGUUGAUAUUUUUAAGAGUGUCAUUGUGUAUGAGUUGAUGCAGCCUGUGGUCAGGCUAAAUAAGAAAUUAAAUUUCACACACAGCAUAUUACAAAUUCUGAAUGCUCUAUCGACGCUUAAUAAAAUUAACUUCACGAAUCCAAAGAAUCCAAAAAUACCAGCGGAAUGUUUUUAUAUUGAAGACCUAAGUGGGCAUGUUAAUAUCGCUAAAGAUUACAUAAAUUGGCUCUCGGAUCAAGAUCGUCUCCGUAAAAGAUCGUACCAAUCAGCAUUUAAUUCGUUACAGUCGAAUCAGCUUCACCUCUGCAACUACGCAUUUCUAUUUGACGUACAAUGCAAGUCGUUGCUACUAAAGAUCGAUCAACAGCUGCAAAUGCAAAUGGCUAUCCACAGAGAGGUUACGCAAAUAUUCACGAGACUUUUCAUGGAUCCGACGUACGAAUAUCAUAGAGAUCAGUUUUUGCAACUGACCGUGUCGAGAAAUCAUAUUGUGAGAGACACGAUGCUGCAAAUCAGCAAUCAUGACAGCUCUCAGCUGAAGAAGCCGCUUAGAGUAGAAUUCGUAGGUGAGGAAGCUGAGGACGCUGGAGGGGUUAAGAAAGAGUUCUUCCUAUUAUUGCUGAAGGAAAUAUUUGAUCCUGUCUAUGGAAUGUUCAAACAGUCCGAGGAGACAAACAUGAUAUGGUUCUCUAACAACCCAUUCGAAGAUGAUGUCAUGUAUUAUUUAAUAGGUGCAAUAUACGGACUAGCGAUAUACAACUCGAUAAUCAUCUACGUGCCAUUUCCUCUUGUACUAUACAAGAAAUUGUUAGAUGAAUCUGUGAUAUUGGACGAUUUAUCUGACCUCUACCCAACACUGGCGAACAGUUUGAAACAUUUGCUUGAAUAUCCUGACGAAGACGUUGAAGAGGUAUUCUGUCUGUGUUUCGCCGUAAACACAGUAGUGUUUGAUCAAGUACAAGUACACCCACUGAAGGAGAAUGGAGAGAAUGUGCCCGUCACACAUGAGAAUAAGGCGGAGUAUGUUGAUUUGUAUGUCGACUUUCUUCUGAACAAGUCUGUUGAAAACCAGUUUAAGGCUUUUAAUCAAGGUUUUCAGAAGGUCUGUGGUGGCAGAAUAAUUAAACUAUUUAGAUCUCACGAAUUGAUGUCUGUAGUUAUCGGCAAUGAGGAGUAUGAUUGGGAGGUCUUUGAGAGCAACGCUGAGUAUAAGAAUGGAUACUGCGCUACGGACCAGCAAAUCAGAUGGUUUUGGGAGAUCUUCCAUGAGCUAUCGUUGGAGGAUAAGAAAAAGUUCCUACUGUUCCUUACUGGAAGUGACCGUGUGCCCAUACAAGGCAUGAAAGAUAUCAAGAUUGUAAUUCAAGCCGUUGCAGACGAUCGUUAUUUCCCAGUAGCCCAUACUUGCUUUAACCUGUUGGACCUACCUCGGUACAAAACGAAGGAACGCCUCAAAUACUACCUCGUUCAAGCCAUUCAGCAGACGCAGGGGUUCUCGCUCGUUUAAACGCAAAACGCCCGUUUAGUGACGCAAGUGGUGAUUUUGUAGGUAGUUAUGGUAAAUUAUCACGAACGCAUUUAAUACUUAAAUUUGGGCCCGUAUUCAAAUUUAAAGCAAGUCUUGAUCUAGUUAGAACAAAAAAAAUUUGCUAGCUUAACUAUUUCUUUAUUCACAAAUAUAUUAAUAUCCUGGCUUGAAUUUAACUAGAUUUUGGUUUAAGUUGAAUUUGUCAAUAUGGGCCAUAGUGAAUAUACAAUUAUUAUGAAAAUUGAAUUAUGAAUUAUAAAUAAAAACAUUUAAUUUACUAAAACGUUAUUUAGAAUAAAAAUAAUAUAUUAUUGAAUUGGAUUGCGAUUCGGGAUUUGCUUAGUUCAACAUGUUCGUAACAACUUUAUUAUUAUUACUUAAUUUGAGUCACAAGUUCUGUGUAUAUGCAUAAUACCACUUUUUACUUACGUUACUACAAAAAGCGUAAAAUACAUGCGGUUUACUAUAUAACUUACGGCUCGUAGAAAUUACGGUUCGUACUUCGGUUUUAGAACUCUAACGUUAAAAAUAAAUACACAUUAAGAAGCCGAGCCAUGAUUAAAUAAUUAAUCACGUAGACAAUUCGGUGUAACAGAACAAAACAGGUGUGAUUAUUAUAAUAAUGUCCUAAAAUAGGUCAUUGCUAUUUGGUGUCUAUUUCUAUGCAACGUAAUAAUAAUGCCAAUAAUUUUAUGUGUAAUAAUUUUAAAUAAAGUUUUGUUAAUUACGCCAUUGAGGCGUCCUUCCGUUAAAGCAUAGAGCUCUUUUAAAUUUUCAACACUAAAUUUUAUGCUUACCAUUGUAUAAUUCGAACUCAAAAAUGCUAAAGAAAUCGUUUGAAAAACAGAUUUUUACGUACGUUCGCUCGUACCGAAUUUCUAGAACGCCUCAGGGUCCAUAAAAAUUAGAUAUAGACAAUUCGAUGUAAUUAAUAUUCUAAUUUAAAAAAAAUCACCAAAAUUCGCAAGAUUAUGAAUUGUAAAGCCUAUUGCUUUGUGUUAAGGUAUUUUAUUUCACCACAAGUAAAAGUUGUAUUUCUUUUAAAUAAAUCUACCGCGACUUUAAUUUACAACGGGUACUACGUUAUAACGCUAGUUAUCGCACGAUAUGUUUAAUAUUGGGGAUGUUAUUGUUAAUAUUGCUCAUUUUAUUUCGUUGACCGCUUCAGAGGAGCUGACAUUGUAAAAGUGUGGUGCGUUUCGUAUGAUUGUGAUUGGACGAACGGGGCGAUGUAUCCGUCUGUGACAAUUGACCAACAAUCACACGAAAAGCGCCAUUUUCUAUCGUUUUAUUUUAAAGCGUUGAACGACAUAUUUUUUAUGUGGAAUUGGUAUCAUGUUAUGUAUAAGCUGUCCGGACAGUAAGUUGUUUUAUCACUAUCUGAACAAUUCUUCUGAAAAUAACUGUUCUUAUUAUCUGUGGAAAUUCAGUAUUUGACACAGUAGUGAAAACAGCUUAACACUUAUAUAAAACCUCUUAUUGGACGAAUAGCUUGGCGAAAAUUUUAACAGGUAGAUAAUACUGGUUAGCCUGUGAUAUAGUUUUAUCUGACAAUAUAACUUGCUAUGUCAUGUUGUUUAUUUUGUAUGAAUGUACAUCAUGUGCAAUGUAGACGACAUUGACCGGUUAUUGCUGAAUAUAAUUUCGAAGCAUUUAUUUAUGCAUCUAUUGUAGCUCAUUCUAUGGUGUGGUUUGAGAAAAAUAUAUUAUUUUCUUAUUA